AUGGAUGCGGUGGCGGUUGCGCUCCUGAUGACUGCCACCUUCAAGAUCAUGGCGAAUGCGACGAUCAGCCCGGCGCUGCCCGCGCUGGAAGCAAGUUUUGCCGAAGUCCCUGGCGCGGACUAUCUGGUCAGGUUCCUGGUGUCUGCGCCCUCGCUGACGGUCGUACUUGUUGCUCCCAUCGCGGGAUUGAUUGCAGAUCGCCAUGGGCGCGGGCCGUUGCUGAUUGCCGGUGUCACGCUUUUUGCAAUUGCCGGAAGCGCAGGCGCUUACCUGCCGGACCUGAACUCAAUUCUUGUGAGCCGGCUUUUGCUGGGUGUCGCUGUCGCAAUGACGAUGACCGCGCAGGUCUCGCUUGUCGGUGAUCUCUUCACCGGCGAGCGCCGCAGCUCAUUCCUGGGAUGGCAGACUGCGACCGUCAAUUUCAGUGGGUUCAUUUUCAUUGGGUUCGCCGGAUAUCUGGCAGGCCUGUCUCCGCGUCUUCCAUUCCUGAUCUACGCAAUUCCAAUACUUCUCCUGCCGUUGCUCGUGUCCAUUGGUCAUCGCGAAAAACAUGCGGGCGAAGGGGUUGAAGGAGUGCCCGCGAGCUCCACGGAAGUCACGCCCAAUCAGAGGUGGGUGAUACAGGCCCUCAUGGUUGCCGCACUGGCAAUGACGACGGUUUCACUUUUCUUCCUGAUGCCGAGCCAGUUGCCGUUCUACCUGGACCGGAGUGGUUUUGAGAGUGCAUCUGCAACGGCCGUCGCACUGGGUACAUUGACCCUGGUUGGAGGCUGUGUCGCGCUGAUAUUCAAAAGGGCUUGCAGUCGACUGGGACUGGCAUUGACCUUGUCGGUUGGAUAUCUGGUGAUGGGAGGCGGAUUUGUUGCGCUCGCCGUGGAGGCCACGUGGGUCUUUAUUUUGGCUGGUGCUGCAUUGAUCGGUGCGGGCUAUGCGUUCGUCCAACCGGGGUUUCUGCUUCUCGCUCUUAAGGUGGCACCACCGGAGCGACGGGGAACUGUCUCGGGGUUCGUGACCACCGGCAUGUUUCUUGGCCAGGUCAUUUCGCCGAUUGUCAUGACACCAUUCCUGCAAAUUGAAGGUUUCGGCGUGGUCUUCUUCGGUAUCGCGCUUGUCCUGAUGUUGCUCGCCGUAUUGUCGUUGUUACCGGCGUUUCUGCGUCUGGAAAAGAAAUCCGGUGCAACCUGA